GUGACGUGAGGUUGAGCCGAAUGGCUGAGUUUGGUACGUAUUGUAGAAAACCUUAGCCUGUUCAGAUAACAAGGGGAGAGAGACCCAGCGUGUUCUGAGCCUAGCUACUCAAGCUCGUGCAAUGCACUCUUCAUCGAUGAUUAGCCGCUAUUGUUGUUUACAUAGCGCUACGUCUUCUCCGUCUCUCUCCUUGUCUUGCAAGAAGAAGUCCCUCGUCUUCUUGGGCUCUCCGCAGGUCUCAGCAACUGUCCUUGAUGCCCUCCUUAACGCUUCUAGUGCUUCGGAUUCUUUAUUUGAGGUUGCAGCUAUUGUGACACAGCCACCUGCUAGGAGGGAUAGGGGGAAAAAGCUGCUGCCCUCUCCAUUGGCAAAAUAUGCUCUUGAUAGAGGUUUCUCCUCUGAUCUUAUAUUCACACCUGAACGGGCUGGGGAGGACAAUUUCUUGUCAAACUUGAGAGGCUUGCAACCAGACUUAUGCAUUACUGCAGCAUACGGGAAUAUACUGCCUAGCAAGUUUCUGAACAUACCACCAUUGGGGACAGUCAAUAUUCACCCUAGCCUGUUGCCAUUGUAUCGUGGUGCUGCACCAGUUCAAAGGGCAUUACAGGAUGGUGUCAAAGAAACUGGAGUGUCAUUGGCAUUCACUGUUCUUGAACUUGAUGCUGGACCCGUCAUUGCUAGUGAACGAUUUGAAGUUGAUUUCCAAAUUAAGGCACCUGAUUUACUUUCUCAGCUGUUUCUGAAGGCAGGAUCAAAGCUUCUAGUCCGUGAACUUCCUUCCAUAUUUGAUGGAUCUGCAAGGGUGAAAGCUCGACCUCAGGAUCACAAUAAGGCUACAUUGGCUCCAAAGAUAAAUCCAGAGGAGUCAUGGUUAUCCUUUGAUCAAGAAGCAUUGGUUCUACAUAAUAAGGUUCGCGCCUUUGCAGGGUGGCCAGGAACACGAGCAAAAGUGUUAGUAGAGAAAAAUGGUGAGCAGAAAACGCUGGAACUUAAAAUUAUAACUACGCGAGUUGGCAUCCACAAAAGUGUACUGCCCAAAGAAGUAGAUGAUAUCAGAUUUGUCAAGGAUGCAUUGGUGUUUCCCUGUGCUGGGGGCACAUCACUGGAGGUAUUAGAGGUUCAGCUUCCAGGAAAAAAGGUGGUAAGAUCAGAUGCUUUCUGGAAUGGAUUACGUGGACAGAAAUUAAAGAGACUAAAAGAGACCAUUUAAUUGAACACGAGCAAGAUUUUAAUAGUGUUCGAGCAAUUUAGGAAACCAAUUCUUUUGAGUUUUACUUGAUUCGAGCUUUUGUUCUCUUUACUAAUUUUGUAUGAAUAAACGCUGUAACUAAUUGUUUCCAUAGCACUUAACCAUGUAUUUCUCUCUGGGGUUUUUACUUUUA